GUGGGGGCGGGGAGUGCGCGCGGGUGUUCCGCGUGCCCCAGCAAGGAGGCGGCGCCAUGAUAGGGGCUUGUGUGAGGAGGCGGGCGAAAGCCCCGGGCGGGAGACAUGGGUGACUUGACACUGAAGACGGAGCUUAUCGUGGACAAAUUGUUUGAAGAAGAGGAGGAAGAAGAUUCCCUGGAUGUCGAUAGCGGCGGCAGCCAAGAGGAUGAAGUAGCUCGCAACGUAGCUCAGUGUCUACGGAAGCUUGGGGAUGAGUACAAUGCGAUGAUAGAAUCACAUAUCAAGAAACUUAAGCCAGAGUUAAAUCAUUUGGCAAAAAAACAGAGUAUCGAAAUGUUUUCUAGCAUGGUGAGCGAGCUAAGUAAUAAUUCUGAAAUGCAGACAUAUCGACAACAGCUGGGUUUUGAGAUGACCCUCCUGAAAAUUGCUGUCACCCUGGGACUCGGGAUAGUUAAGGAAUCACCUAGUCUGCUUCCUACUGUUAAGAAUGCCAUGGUAAACUUCAUCAAUUCAAAACUGCUGAGCUGGGUUCAACAUUCAGGAGGAUGGGAAAAAGCUUGUUCACUGUGAUGUAAUGGGCGAUCGCAAUGGGUGAUGGAGAAAAUGAAACUGAUGAAAAUAUACAUUAAAAUACAUUCCAAAUACAAUUUGACAUCAAGCCAAAGAACAUUCUACAUUCCAACUGCCACCCUCAAUUUCCUGUAGUUUCAGUAUCCCCUAGAGAGUAAGAUGGUUACCAAGCAAUGUAACAACCUCCUCCUCAAGAACCUUUGCUUUCGGUGUGAGGGCAGAUUGUCCAUUAAGAGAUUGUGGUGAAAUUGCCUUUUUUUGAGAUGCUACCUUUCCCUGCUGUUGGUACAUGAAACCUAAAAGGAAAUUGAGUUAGCCCCAGGAGUGAAAGUCAAAGUCAUAAACAGCAGCCACUAAAAGAAGUGGCUGGUGGAGUGAGACCAAUGACAAGUGGAAUAACUAAUUUUUAGCUUCUGUUCACAUGGAGCCACUGAAGGAAUGCCUUGGUAUAUUUAGCAUUCAGAAAGUUAACUGCUCAAUGGUAAGGAAUAGGUUUUGUUUGCUCUUAAAUUCAUCAAACUAACUGAUGAAAUUGUGCUUUUGCAAAUCAGGCUAGUGGAUUGUAAAUGUGGCACAUUUUGCUUGCGGUGAGAAUUAGUCAUCAGACUUCCGAUUUCCUCCACUCAGCAGAUGUUGGAAAAUCUGACAACUGAGUUGGUUUAAUCUUAUUAAAGAAAAGGUGCCAAAGUCAAAAAGUUUCUUUUUUGAAUAUUGUGGUGAAAAGUUCAUGGCUGCCCAACAAGCAUGAGCAAUGAUGUUGAAUUUAAAAUACCAAGCUUUGGAAAGUAAUUCAAGGAAACCCGUCUCACUUGCCACAUUAAUCAAAAUUUAACAGUGCUGCCAUCUUGGAAAGGUGGUGGUGGUGGUGACCGUGAUCUCCUGUGGUAGGGUGUGGGGAAUUUAACAUUGUGAUUACAGCAAUCAAUCCAAGUUUCAUAGACCUCAAGAAAGUGCAUUAGAUUCCUCACAUGGAGGUGCCUGAUUAAGAAAUGAUUUGGCAUGCAGCGCAGCUCUCCGAGCACUGAGCUUCUACAAUGUUCUUGUCCCGCUUCCCACCAGUAUUUCUCUAUUCAAUGUAAAAAUGUUGGAUUGUUACUUGUCAAUAUAAAAAUGAGAGGGGUCUUGUCACGUUCUUAGUUGAAACCAUGCCGUGUUAACAGACCUGCCGCACAUUAGAAGACUGUAAUCAUGCUGGAAAUGGUUAGUAUGGAAUGAUCAUCAAGAAUGUAGUAUAGAAGAUCAAAUGUAUUAAAAUGCCAUUGUAAAGAAUGUGCAGAUGGAAACUCUGGCAGUAAUAAAAUGUUGGAUUGUUA